AUGUCGUUAGCCAUACCAGUCUUUUUGACGGCACCACGCGGUUUUAGAGAAAAUCGGCACACUACUUCUACUACCAUCUCAGGUCAAAAAAGUACAUACGAAGAUGAAGAUUUCAUCUUUAUAACUGAUGACUACGCUGACCAGUGCAGUACGGCAAUGUCGUUUGCCAUACCAGUCUUUUUGACGGGUCCUCAGGGUUUCAGAGAGAUGCAGCACACUUCUUCUACUACCAACUCAGGUCAAAAAAGUACAUACGAAGAUGAAGAUUUCAUCUUUAUCACUGAUGACUACGCUGGGCAGUUGAGUACGGCAUUGUCGUUAGGCAUACCAGUCUUUUUGACGGGACCUCAGGGUUUGGAGAAAAUCGGCACACUACUUCUACUACCGUCUCAUGACAAAAAUGGAAUAUACGCAGAUGAAGAAAUCAUCUCUAUAACUGAUGACUACGCUGACCAGUGCAGUACGGCAAUUUCGUUAGCCAUACCAGUCCUUUUGACGGGACCUCAGGGUUUUAGAGAAAUGCAUCACGCACCUUCUCUUACCAUCUCACGACAAAAAUAG